GAUAAAUAAGUAAAUAAAAAUAAAUCGCCAGCAUAAACGAAAUUGUUAAUUUGCCAAACGGAAACGAGCAAUUAAUGUUGAAUAAAAUGUGGCAGCCAUAAAAGAUGACGAGUUUGCGUCGAUUGGAGCGCAAAUACCCAAUGUUGUUCCUGCAGGAUGUGAAAAUUGUUGACUGCGAAACAUCGUCUUCAGUGCAGCAGGAGGAGGUGUUGCUCAUCAAUGGGGUGCCAGUUAAAUUGGAUGGGCUGCCGGCAGACGAUGCCAGUGCCAUUAAGAGUGCCCUGCUCGAUGGCCAGAUGCCGGCAGUGGAGCAUCUGAAUCAGUUACUCUUUCGCGCCGGAUUGGCACAGCAGCCCAUCGAGGUGGAAACAUCGCUGACAGUCAAAUCCUCGCUGACGACCACCGAGGAGGUGCUAGUCUCACGUAACGGAAAAGUGUUGGACGAACGGACCGUCGAAACCAAAGAGCACUUUAAUCAUCAGUCGCAUCAGAAGGAGAUCUGGCAGCCAGUCAGACAGGAGAACGCCUUGGCACGUGCAACGCCGGAGAAUGCACUCAAAUAUCGCACAAGUUCGAAUUCCACAUUCUCGUCCCAAGGUACAACAACUGAUGGGGAACCGCAUGGAAUUGCCGAUCGUCUUGGCCGGCAAUUGAAUCAAACCUUUUCGAAUGCCUCACUGGUGUCGAGCAGCUCAGCAAUAACUGGGUCGGAUCAGGUGAUUGGCUCCACAUCGAAUGUGUCCAAUGCCACAACACUGGGCGACAAGUCUUCGAAUAUUAGCAGCUGUGACUCGGGCCAUGACGGCCUCUUCCACAGUGUCUCGAUGAGUGCGCCUUAUAUGCAGGGACAUGGACAUGGACAGGGACAGGGACGUGACACCCAAACGGAUUCCUUGUACUGUGACAUUCUCAGCUCAGCUGACGACACAGACGAUGCAGUGUCUGUCGCCAAGCUGAGCACCAUUCUACAGAUCAGAGAGUCCUGUGACAUUGUCAAGGAUUGCCAAACCAAAGACUUGCCAGCCGCUGGUGAUUUAGCCGUGCUAGUCACGCUCCUCACCAGCUGCAGCAAUGAGGAUAUUGAGUUCACAUUUCUACUCUGUGCGCGCUUAUUUGUUUCGAUGCGGGAGCUGUUGGCAAAGAUCAUCCAACAGUGCCGGGGACAAGAGGAUGUCCUGCUGCGUCUGCUUAGUCACUGGCUGCGCAUAUGUCCCAACGAUUUUCGCAACGAGACGUUGUUGCAAGAACUACGCAGGCAGCAAAGUAGCGCAGGAUUAAGUGCUUUCCUCGAUGGUAUUCCCGACGCACUGCACCAAGUGGAUGCGAACAAUCGCUUGCAACUGCAGUAUUUGUUGGCCAAGCAGACCUCGGCCAGCUCGCUGGGGCGACAGAGUAGUAUUAAAUCGCUGAAGCGUUUCGCCGUCAACGUUUACAAAUCGGACAAUUUGCAGAGCAAGUGCAGCAGCGCCUUUGAACUGGCCCAUCAGCUGUAUGCCAUCGAAUAUGCCUAUCUCUCGCAGAUACGUCUCGAGGAGUUUGUCCAAAUGCUAAAUACGGGCGAGUUCAAAACGUGCAUGACGCAAACAAAGGCGAGCACCCUCGGCUGCAGCAGCAGCUCUGGCAAGCAACCCGAAAUCAGCAUUGCUGCCUAUGUGCAGUGGUUCAAUCAGCUCUCCCAUUUGACUGCCACGGAGAUACUCAAGCUUUGCAAAAAGUCUCAACGUGCGCAGAUGGUUGAGUUCUGGAUUGAGACCGCCUUGGAGUGCUUCAAUACGGGCAAUUUCAACAGUCUUAUGGCCAUUUUGACGGCUCUAAAUAUGAAGGCGAUAUCGCGUCUUAAAAAAACGUGGUCCAAGGUGCAGACAACCAAAUUUGAGGGCUUGGAACAUCAAAUGGAUCCCAGCUCUAAUUUCCAUAAUUACCGCUCGACCAUGAAAGCAGCCGUUUGGCGCUCCGAGCGUGAGGAUGCCAACAAAAUUGAGCGUGCCAUUAUACCGUUCUUCUCGCUGUUCCUCAAGGACUUCAGUGCCAUCAAUGAGAGUCACACAACCAGACUCGCCAACGGAUACUUUAAUUUUGAAAAGUGUUCGCUUCUGGGCGCCCAGCUGCGAAUCUUUAAUAAAUGCCAACGAUUGGAUUGUCCGUACGAGCAAUUGGCCAGCGUUGUGACCUAUUUGCAGAAGGCAGAAGUUUUCACCGAGGAUCUGCUGAUGAAAUCUUCCUAUGAGUGCGAGUCGCCGGAUGGUGCUGACGAGAAGGAUCAUUACAAAGCAAUGAAAGCUGCUACAAAAUAAUCGAACACACAUUAUUCGAAUCAUACAAUAAGAUUAAUUUUUUUAUUUUGGGCAGAAAUUUGAAUCGAGCCUCGCACAAACUUCCAUAAGAGUUUGUACACAAAUGUUUUCUGUUGUUACUUCCAUUUGCAUUUGCAUCGCAAUAACGAUAAUAAUUUUAACUCUAAAAAAACACAAUCGUAUUUGUUAAUUUGUACUUAAGUCUCUAGGAUUAUAUAUACAAUACACAAUAUAUUCAACUGAUUGUAAUCGAUAGGUUGCCAUUCAAUUUGAAAAUCCAAUAAAUUUGCAAACAACAUUAA